AACGCCCCCUUUGCUGUGACGUAGUGUCUCCAGCUCGUCUCGAGCCGCUCUUCCUCUUUAUAACUGCGUCACUCCACUUUACUACUGUUAUUAUUCCAUCCAACACCACGAUGGCGGCUGCUGUGACCAAGAAAUGCUUAAUAAGUCCUCUAACUUUGCUCACAAGGAGGCUUUCUGUUCCGGAGUUCUUCUCCCAGUGCUGCUACCACAAGAAGGUGGUGGACCAUUAUGAGAACCCGAGGAACGUGGGCUCCUUGGACAAACACUCCAAGAAGGUCGGUACCGGUUUGGUGGGGGCUCCCGCCUGCGGAGAUGUAAUGAAGCUGCAGAUUGAGGUAGACGACGAGGGGAAGAUCGUGGAUGCAAGGUUCAAAACAUUCGGCUGUGGUUCCGCCAUCGCCUCCAGCUCUUUGGCCACCGAGUGGGUGAAGGGUAAAUCUGUGGAUGAGGCCCUGAUGAUAAAGAACGUCGACAUCGCCAAAGAGCUCAGUCUUCCACCUGUCAAACUUCACUGCUCCAUGCUCGCUGAGGACGCCAUCAAGGCCGCCCUGGCUGACUACCGCCUCAAGCAGCAUGACGACCAGCAGGGGGCAGUCACGGCGGUCAGCAAUUAAAUGGCUUGCUGUGAAGUAGCAGUGCUGCAUCACGUCCUGCGGUAUUGAUGAUGCCUACCCUACGCUAAGUCACACUAUUAAUACCAGUGUAUGUUUAGUGUUUAGCCUGUCACGCAGACGCACAAUGUAAGCUUGUAAAGUAGAGUUGCCAUUAUGAACAUGAACAUGAAGCACUUAGAAAGUCUUCAAUAAAACUGCCCUGAAAUAUA